AUGCCAAAGGAACCUAGAAAACAAGAAAGAUUCCCUUGGGAGAAGAUUGGUGGAUUCCAAGAAAAGGGUAAAUUUGAUCCUCAUUUUGUUACCGAUUCACAAAUUGUGAAAACUUAUAUCAUUGAAACUUUCUAUUCUGACUGGUAUUGGAGUACUGGAUUAGUUAUCGGUACUUGUUUCUUUUCAUGGUUAAUUGCCAAAUGGAGAUUUGGUAUCUUUGGUUUAAUGUUCGUCCUUUUAGGUACCUCAUCUGUUUAUCGUGCUGAAUUCCGUCGUUUCUCUAGAAAUAUUAGAGAUGACUUGCAAAGAAAUGCAGCUGCUGAAAAAUUGGGGGAGAAUUUUGAAACAAUGGAAUGGUUGAACUCAUUUUUAGCCAAAUUUUGGGUUAUUUAUAUGCCAGCCUUAUCUGAAACCGUUAUGACUAUUGCUAAUGAUACUUUGAAAGAUAUUGCUCCAGGUUAUGGUAUUGAUGCUUUGUCUUUGGAUGAAUUUACAUUAGGUAGUAAAGCUCCAAGAAUUGAUUCAAUCAAAUCUUAUACUAAAAAGGGUAAAGAUGUUGUUGAAAUGGACUGGGCUUUUUCAUUCACUCCUGAUGAUACUUCUGAUAUGACUAAAAGAGAAAUUGAAAAAAAGAUCAACCCAAAAGUUGCAUUGGGUGUUAGAGUUGGUAAAGCUUUUGUUUCCAAAAAAUUACCAAUCUUGGUUGAAAACAUGUCAGUCUCUGGUAGGGUUAAAAUUACAUUGAACCUUUCAUUGAACUUCCCUCAUAUCAAAAUUGUCUCAAUUUCAUUAUUAGAAGCACCAAAAAUUGAUUUCUCCUUGAAACCAAUUGGUGGUGAUAUGCUUGGUUUAGAUAUCAUGUCUUUGAUUCCUGGUCUUUCCACUUUGAUUACAACUUUGAUUAACUCUAAUGUUGGUCCAAUGCUUUAUGCUCCAAAUCAUCUUGAUAUAGAUGUUGAAGAAUUGAUGGCUGCUCAAGCAAAUGAUGCCAUUGGUGUUGUUGCAGUUACUGUUAAAGGUGCUAAUGAUCUUAAGAGAUCUUCUCAUCAUGGCUUCAAUCCUUAUGUCCAAUUGUUUGUUGAUAAUGAACCUGAGAAAUAUGUUCGUACUGACGUUAAAGCCAACACUAAAACUCCUCGUUGGAAUGAAACUAAAUAUAUCCUUGUUAAUUCACUAGAGCAAAAAUUGAAUCUUGACUUACACUCAUUCAGUACUGAAGACAAGAAAGGAUCAUUAUUUGCUUCUCAUACUAUUGAAUUGGCAGAUUUGUUACAACAAGAGGCUAUUAUCGAUAGCAACAAACCACUGGAGCUAGCUGGUAAGAAGAAAGGUUAUAUCAAUUAUGAUAUUCGUUGGUUCCCAGUUAUUGAAAGUGAAAAAUCAUCAACAGAAGAUGAAAGUAAAGAAGUUGAAACUCCUGAUACUGAAGUUGGUAUUUUCAAAUUAACAGUUCAUCAAGCUAAAAAAUUGGAUGCUACUGCUUCAUUAAUUGGUCAGCUAAACCCAAAGGCCGAAUUGUAUGUCAAUGGUAAAUCAACAAAGACAUUUAGAACUUUGAAACAAGCUAAUGAACCCGCUUGGGAAGAAACUUUGGAAAUUCUUGUCACUCAAAAAUCAAAUACCAAAAUCAAAUUAGUCAUUAGUGAUACUGGUAGUAGUGAUGAAGACGCCACAAUUGCAACUCUGGAGGAAAGUUUGGACACUCUGGUUUUCAAUACAAUUGAUGGUAAUGAUUCAUUCCCAUUAUCACCAAAGGGUGAAGUUCGUCUAACUGCUCAAUGGAAACCUGUUUCCCUAAGUGGUGUUUCUGCUGCUGCAAAUUUUGUUCCACCAAUCGGUGUUGCUAGAUUGCAUUUGAGAAAAGGUAUUGAUUUAUUGAAUUUGGAAAAAAUUGGUAAAGUUGAUCCAUAUGUUAAAGUCAUGUUGAAUAAUAGAUUGAAAUAUCAAACUGUUUUCUAUCCUGAUACACUUGAUCCAAAUUUCGAUGAAGUUGUUUAUUUACCAAUCACUUCACAGUCUCAACAUGUCUCUUUUGAAGUUAUGGAUGAACAAAAAAUGAGUAAAGAUCGCUCGUUAGGUUCAUGUGACUUCCCAAUAGGUAACUUUGUUUCAAAGGAUGCUAAUGAUAACUUUUUGUUUUAUGAUGGCGCUAACAAAAUCCUGAAAUCUAAAUUAUCCUUGAAAGGUAAAACAGCUCAUGGUGAGUUGACUUAUUCUGUUUCAUUCUUGCCUGCCAUUCCCGUUUAUUCAUUGACCGAAUUGGAACAGCUUGAACAAGAAAGAGAAAAGAAGGCUGCAAGAGAGAAAAAGUAUCAAGCACAACUUAAAGAUUGGGAAGAAGUUUACAAAAAGAAUCCAAAAGAUUAUGAAUGGGUUGAUGUUGAAGAUCAAGACGAAUUCGAUGAAGAUGCCAAAGAAAAAUUAUCUCUAGAACAAUUGUUGACUUAUAGAUCAGGUACUUUAGGCAUUAACAUUUUGAAAGGUAAGGUUAAGAAAGCUGAUACAUUUAUUCAAGUUUUGAUUGACGAUUCAGGAUCUCCAAGUUUCGUCUCUGGAAGAGCAACUGCUCGUAAUGUUAACCCGGAAUCUGGGGAAGCUUUUAUUCGUGAUUUACCAAACAGUAAGAUUGUUUUCAGAAACACAAAGAAACAACAGGUAAAAGAUUCUGGUGAUGUUCUAGGUGAACAAAUUUACAACACCAUUGAAUUGUUAGAAAAGGGUUAUGACGAACCAUAUCAUGUUACUAUUGAUGGUGCAUCAGUUGAAGUUAGAUUUGAAUACAUUCCAUCAGCCAUAAAAUUACCACCAUCUGAAACCAUUCUAGAUACAGGUAGAGCUAAGAUUGAAUUCCUGGAUGCUGAAGGACUGAUGUCUGCUGACAGAAAUGGUAAAUCAGACCCAUUUGUCUCAUUGACUUUGAAUGGCUUAGAAUUAUUCAAAACCAAGGUGGUUAAAAAGACCCUGUCGCCAACAUGGAAUGAAGGUACUACUAUUCCAGUUCCAUCGAGAGCAAGAAGUGAUUUAAUGAUGACAGUUUAUGAUUGGGAUAGAGCUGGUAAAAAUGAUUUGUUGGGUCAAGCCCGUUUGGAUAUUACAGGCGUUAAACCAUUAACCUCAGACAUCAUUCAUAUCCCAUUGGAUACUCAAGGAUCUGUUCGUCUGAGAGUUACAUUUGUUCCUGAAUAUAUUCGCCCAAAGAUUGGUGCCGCAGAAUUUGGUGUGAACUUAUCAUCUAUUGCAGGUGCUCCAUUGAAGACUGUUGGUGCUGCUGCAGACUUGGCCACUGGUGUCGUUGGUGGUGGUGUUGGUGUUGCUGCAGGUGCUGUUGGUAAAGGUGGUUCCUUGUUCAAGAAUGUUUUGACAGGUAAAAAGAGUAAGAAAUCACUAGAUCAACCACGUUCAUCUAUGGAUACCGGCUCACAAUAUGCCAAUGAUGUUCAGUCGAUGAGAUCUGGUCAAACCAAAUCUACAACUUCAAAAGAUAAAGAAGGUGGUGCAAUUGCUGCUGCUCAAGAAGAGAAUGGUGAUGAUCAAGCUUCAACAUAUACUACUCAAGUGAAGGAUAAAAAGACUACCAAGGGUAAAUUAAUCAUUAGAUCAGGUACAAACUUGGGUAAUCAUGCCCAAGUUAAAGUCUCAUUAGCCAUUAAUGAAAAAUUGAGGGAGAUUUAUCACACCAAGAAUGUCAAGGCUACAAAUCAUGUUUUGAGAUGGGAUGAAGAAACUUCAUUUGAUGCUCCAAUGGAUGCUGAAGUUGUCUUUGGUGGUCUCUUACACCAUAAAUUUUCUAAAGAUGAAGAACUUGGAACUGCCAGUAUCAAGCUAGCUGAAGUUGUUGACAGUCCUCGUGAUAUUGAUCUGAAAUUAGGUCAAGGACAAAUUGUUGUUAGUUUCAGAUACAGUCCAGAACCUGAAGAAGGUCAAGAAGAUGGUCAAACUCCUCCUCCACCAGGAUGGCACCACGAGGACCUAAGACCUUGA